UAUUAUCAUCAUCUUGACAUGGGCGAGAAUAUUGGUUCUCAUUUACUUGUAUCCCAGUCGAGACCAUGGUUGGGGGAUUCACCCGCAACUUCCUACAAAACACAAAUUCUACCUCAUUUGCGAGUCAUAAGCAAGAAUACCUCCCUUAUUUACGUUGUGCUUUUUUCUCCUAAGACACCUACCCGUCUCUCCUCAAAUCAUUCAGCGAUAGUCGCCUCCCGAAAUGUCACUGCGUAAACUUUUCAGAAGAUUGAGAUGCUCGAAACAGAAAAAGAAAGUGAACGAUGAGACCUUCAAAGAAGCACGGAAGGAGAUCCUAGUUGGCCUUCGAGAGAUACACCGGUCUGUGAGGCUUUCGCCGUUGACCAGUCUCACCAACGACCAAGCUGCCGACUAUAAUAUCAACUGCGUUGAGCUCACACUUCGCACUGAUGGAGGCUCCUCGGCUACUGCACAGACUUAUUUCAAGCCUUGGACCUUGGAAAAGCUCGAGCAGUUUCCCCUUAACCUUGACGACCCGGAUACUAAAAGCAGCGUCCGAGUCAAUGAGGCGUGCUUCGCAGACCUCGAUGAAGAGAGGUCGCGUGAAUCGACCGGCGAGCUUGAUCCGGAAAGUGACGACUCUGGGCUUCUCCUGUCCAGUGUGUUCCUCUGUCAAUUUACAUGGCACGCAAGGAGAACCACAGGGGUCGGAGCUACGCUCGAUGAUCUGUCAGGCUGGUUCGGAAGGUCCUUCAAUAAUACCAUAAUCAAGGAACGUUAUAUGAAUAUGGCUAUGUUCACAGACCCUGGUAGUGAUCCUCUGGCCUCACCACCUCUCAGCUUUGAAGAUGCUUGGUAUCCGAACCUGCCCGAGGGCCAGGAACUUCCUCACAUAAAUCUGAUUGUAACUCAUGAAGGAGUGUGCGAUAAUAACAUCCUCCGUUCUGAGCUGCUUGUUUUACUUGGCGUCAUGAGGACCCGGCUUGGGAGGGUAGCGCUACGAGACCACGUUGUGGCUCCGGUUCUCUUGACAUCGUGCACAAACAACCUGAAGGCGAGAAUCCUGAUCGCUUACUUCGAUGGCAAGAAGUUGGUGGUGUUGAAGAGUGCUCUCCACGAUUUCUAUACUCCGGAGGCAAGGGAGAGGAAUAUCGCGCUUUUCCUAUUAUAUAUGUGCAGUCAGGCUGUAGGGAAUACCAAGGCGCUGCCAGUACCGAUGGCCAUGGAGGAGCACGCUACUGAGUAA